CUCAGUACCAGAACAGAGCUGUUUGCUGUCCACAAUUCAUUGUGCGGUGCAGAUGGCUGGUUACUGUCAUCUAAUUUGUCAAGACAGUCCGAUUAAAAAUGUUAUGAAAGUUAUUCGGGUCGGUUGAUCGUUACUAUUUUGUGUUUUUAUUGUUUUCUCGUAACCUGUGCCAUAAUUCAAACGGGUUUUCUUUGAAUACUAACUCUUGCUAUCAAAAAUGAAACGUGUGUGCUUCAGUUUACAUAGUUUUGCCAUCACAAACGUCCAAAUCUAUACACUAUUUGAAAACAGUGAAAGAGAGGUUAGGUAGUGCCUGGUAGUGCUUUGUAUUAUUAUGGAAUUUAAUCAGGAUUAAGUAAAGUAUGAUGCCAUGCAUUCGUUAGAACAUUCUCCGAAUAAUCCACAAUGUAAAUAACUUGAUUAUUGCUCCAAUUAAAUGUAAUUGACUAGUCUUUUAAGACUAGCCUGAAAAAUUAUUAGGUUGUUUGAAAUCAUGCAAGCAAAAAAACGUUAUUUAUUAGUUUUAUCUUGUGCAUUUUUAGCGUAUUGCUACUUUGGAGGUUAUAGAUUGAAAAAUGAGUCAAACCUAACCUCUCCUCAUAAAAUGUUACCAUCGUACGUUGAUGUUUUGAGUGAUCAUCUAUACAGUAGAGACAUUGAAUCAUCCCUCCAAUUCCGGAGGAUAGGUAGCAGUACUUAUAAAAAAGUUAAUAAUUCCUAUAGAAAUUGUAGAAUGGAGACUUGCUUUGAUUACAGAAAGUGUCACAGUGACUUCAAAGUGUAUGUUUAUCCUUUGAAUGAUGAAAUGAACGGCGAAACUCCACUAACUCCUAGCCCAGCAUAUCAAAAAGUUUUAGAUGUAAUUUUAGAAUCGCGUUAUUAUACUUCCGAUCCUAGUCAAGCUUGUCUUUUUGUACUUGCUAUUGAUACUUUAGAUAGGGAUAGUCAUUCGAGUGAUUAUGUUAGAAAUGUACAGUCUCGCCUCCACAGACUGAAGUUAUGGAACAACGGUCGCAAUCAUGUAGUGUUUAAUUUAUAUUCAGGAACAUGGCCGGACUAUGUUGAAGAUGAUCUUGGAUUUGAUACCGGUGAAGCAAUCCUAGCCAAAGCCAGCAUGUCAAUGUCGAGUUUUCGCCCAGGAUUCGAUAUAUCGAUCCCUUUAUUUUUUAAGAGCCACCCGGAGCGUGGCGGCGACGCUGGCUUUGUGACAUCGAACAACUUCCCGGUGACAAAGCGCUACCUGCUGGCGUUCAAGGGCAAACGCUACCUGUACGGCAUCGGCUCGGAGACGCGCAACGCCCUCUACCACCUACACAACGACCGCGAUGUCGUCCUCGUCACCACCUGCCGACACGGCAAAACCUGGAAGGAGCGCAAGGAUCAGCGCUGCGACGAGGACAACGCCGAGUUUGACAGGUACGACUACGAGCUGCUGCUGCAGAACUCGACGUUCUGCCUGGUGCCACGCGGCCGCCGCCUCGGCUCGUUCCGCUUCCUGGAGGCGCUGCAGGCCGGCUGUGUCCCGUCCUCCUCUCCAACGGCCUGCAGAUGCCCUUUUCCGAGGUCAUCGACUGGAACAAGGCGCUCAUCCUCGCCGACGAACGCCUAUUGCUGCAGGUUCCGGAAAUAGUGCGCUCCAUUCCAGCUACAAAGGUAUUCGCCCUUCGUCAGCAAACUCAAGUGCUGUGGGACCGUUAUUUUUCGUCGGUUGAAAAGAUUGUCUUCACAACUUUAGAGAUAAUUCGCGAACGUUUGCCGUUGCAGCGGAAACGCGACGGAAUAAUCUGGAACAACUCGCCGGGCGCGCUGCUCACGUUCCCCGAGUUCUCCGACUUCUGGCCGCACUACCCGUUCCACAUUGCGGCGUCCGCAGACGCAGCCGCAGACGACAACUUCACCGCAGUCGUCUACUGCCAGCUGGGCACCCCCCUCACCCCCUCCUCCACACUGUUCCGGCUCAUCAAGAAUGUUGCCAAGAGCAAGCACGUGUCCAAGAUCCUAGUGGCUUGGAACAGCGAUAAGCCGGUUCCGGCGCAUUCAAGAUGGCCGCCACUGCCAGGCCACGUGUCGCUGCACGUGUUGCAAGAGUCGUCGGAGCCGCUGAUUGGUCAGCGCUUCUUUCCGCACCCGCUGCUCAAGAGCGCCGCCAUUCUGUCGCUGGACGAAGACGCGCUGCUCAACAGCGACGAAAUCGACUUUGCCUUCCACGUGUGGAGGUCCUUCCCUGACCGCAUCGUCGGCUACCCGGCGCGCUCGCACUACUGGGAUGACGCCAAGGGAAGCUGGGGCUACACGUCCAAGUGGACCAACGACUAUUCGAUAGUGCUGACGGGCGCCGCCUUCUACCACCGCUACUACAACUACCUCUACACAGAGUGGCUGAGUCCGCUGCUGCUGAAGACGGUGCAGCAGUCGCACAACUGCGAGGACAUACUCAUCAACUUCCUCGUCAGCCACGUCACGAGGCGUCCGCCCAUCAAGGUCACGCAGCGCAAACAGUACAAGGAGCAGCCGCCCUCCAACAGUUUGAGGUCACCGUGGAACGAUCCGGACCACUUCAUCCAGAGACAGACCUGCCUGAACACAUUUGCAGCUGUCUUCGGCUACAUGCCGCUACUGCGCUCAAACAUGAGACUGGAUCCCGUCCUAUUCAAAGAUCCCGUAUCUAAUCUAAGAAAAAAAUACAGACAGAUCGAAUUAGUUGGUAGCUAGUAUUUGGCGGGACAGGUACGUUUUAUACCUCUCCCUCCAAAUUCAUACAGAAUUACUUUUUAAAAGUUCAAUGCCAGUGUGAAUGUAUUAAUACCAAUGAAUAGUUGUUACCAGGUAUGAGUUGUAUUUAGGGCAAAUAUUUCAUCCUAUUUUAUUACUGAAUCAUCACAUUAAUUUAUUGUUUGUAAAUAGGUAUGAAUGUAACUGAUGAUAUUUAGUGUUUGUAUUGUUGAAGUAGUGAUAUAUUGCUAUCACUAUUAAUCAUGAUUGUUUGAAUGCUCAUUGAAUACUUUUUUUUGUCUUCAACUGAAAUAAAAUCAGUUUUACUUCAAAUGAUUUGCACCAUGGUAUCUAGAAGAAGACGGUAGAGGUCACGAGUAUGUUUGGACUAUAUUCUAGGUAUUGACGUUUCCUUUCUCAAGUACUCAAAAAUCUUCAAGCAUUCUAAUAGGAAAAAGGAGUUUGUCACUCCAGCUGUGGGCUGACGUCAUUCAGUUUCUCGGUAAGUUCGUUCAAAUUAAAGACGAACGCACACAGAAGCAGACAUACGGAGAAAAAUGAAACGUCUGCAUGCAGACAUAUGGCGAUGUACCUAUGUGUACGUUGCAACCUGGUGGAGGGGGGUAUUUUCCAGCAUCUGUCUGUUGCUGUGUGCGUUCGUCUCAAUUUUCAUGAUUUCUACCGUCUACUGCUACAUGGGUUGAACCAAGCAAGAUCAAUCCCAAUCCAUCCAGCAUCAGUGCUAUCUCAGCCAUCUCUAAUAGCCAUUAGAUACAUUUUGUUAAAAUUAUUUGGGAUUAAUUAUGAAGCAUAGAUCUAGCCAGCUGCAGCUGAUCCUGACUGGCCUGGUUUUAUUUAAACUUUGCUAGCUCGUUGGGUACGGCAUUCUACUAGAGAUAACUGUGCUACAGUACUAUGCUAAAUAUGGUAUUCAAUUUCAGUUUUAUAUUUCAAUUUUCAAUUUAUUAAAAACACACAAAACAAGACAAAACAAAAUUACAAAGAAUUAUGAAACAAAUAAAACACAAUAAAAUGUUACAAAUAUAAACAACCAAUUGAUUCAAUAUAUUGAAUCCCUUAUAAUUGAUAUGAAGAUUGUCUAAUGUGUUUUCAUAGGGCUUAUCGAAUUGUUGAAUUAUUAAUGUAGAAAUAACUAGUACCUUUUUCAAACUUCAAAACAGAAUUCUGAGAAAAGGAUACUUGCAAAUCGCAUGUGUGCUGAAACUAGUAGUGUUACCUAAGUAAAAAUAUUUUGGCCGGGUGAGGCUCAACUCAAACUUACGCGACUCAGGUCGAGAAGAGACUCGACUCUAGUCGAGAGCAUGAUGUGUUUUCGAAUGGGAGACGUCGCGGUGACUAGAAUCGACUGGUCUGAGUGUCACCAUUUGGAAACACAUGCUUUCGACUAGAGUCGAGUCUCUUCUCGACCUGAGUUGCGUAAGUUUGAGUUGAGCCUACUAGUUAUUUCUAUAAUAAUUGAAUAUUGUCGAUUUUGAAUUGGUUCUUUAAUGAAUACGAAUUUUGAAAACAUUUGUCAUUUCUAAUAACUUUGUAUCUUGAACAGUUUUAUUACAGCUUUAUUAUUAUCUUGUUAUGGUUUAUUGAAAAGUGUUAUUGACAAGUGUUCUGUUAGCAGAACAUCUUUUCCUCUUCACUGCAUCUGAUUAAAAUUACACAAUAUUUUUGAACAAAAUUAUCGCCUUUGAUUUUAUUUUUAAAUCAUUGUGAUUGUGGAUAAUAGAUGGUAAAAAUCUUUUUUCUCCUUGUCAAUAGUAAUAUCUCAUAAUCCUCAGUUGAACCAAAGUAAAUUCCUACUUCUCUAAAUAAUUAUCGUCUUGCAUACUCAAUUUGAAAGUGUCAUACCUUCAACAAUAAUUCAGAAUCUAAUGAAAAUUCCUAUGAUUAUUGUUGAAGUAAUAUAUUACCGUAAUACUCAAUGAACAAAUAAUUUAAUUAUUUACUGUCUACAAAUCUUAUUAUCUGUAUUUAUUCUAUUGUUAUAUUUAUAUUUUUGUACACUUUUAUUUGAUAGUAUGUUUAUUAUUUAUACAAAACAUUGUAAAUUUUUAACCUGUAAAUAAUCAAGGCAGCUUGGAGAGCGAUGUUAAAUUAUUUUGUUUUAUUGAGGAUUUAUCUUUAAAUAUGUAGUCUAUAGUGUUCAUUUAAUUAUUUCCAUUGUUACUAAGAAUAUUAGUUAUUAGUUAUAUUAAUACUGGAAAUGAGUGUGAUUGCAUAGUUGAAAAGCUAUUAUAAUUAAACUGUCUUUAAUGAUUGCUCAGGUGAGUAUGUAUUGAUGAUAUUAAUUUGUGAUUGCAUGACGUUAGGGCCAUUCAAUAAUAAUAAAAUACUCUUUUUGGUUUUGUACGCCAUUGGAAAUAUUCAAAAUAAGUUCAGUGGAUACUAAUAAUUGUAUUUUUGUUAUCUUGCUUGUUAUACGAGUAGAAGACUUAAUUAAACUAUUAAAAGACUGGUCUUCAUCUCGAAUGAAUAAAAAAUGUUGGUUUUACAACUGCAAUCUAUGAUUCCAAAUCUAUAAUGAUAAUUAUAUAUUCUGUCAUUGUAUUUGAUGAUAAAUAACAAAUACAAUCUUGUUAUAAUUUCUUAUUAUAAUCGUUUUGGGAGUUCAGCCUUCUGCUGAUUCUUAUCCUACAAAGCAAUAAUUAUCAUUCAGAUGAUAUCUUAUAUUGUUAUAUAUUCAAUUCUGUUUUCCCUUUUAAUUUAAACCCUGGAUAAAAUACAAACUUAUUACAGUUUCUAUCAUACAUUGAAUUGUUUUCCCCCAAUUCAUACAUGAAUUUUUCUUAAAAAUCUUAUUAUUCGCAUAUUCUUAUCAUAAUUUUGCAGAAAAUCCAUUUCCAGCCUCAUUCAUUGCGUACUAUUAAUUAUUAUAAUUUUCUAAAAUUGUUUGACUGAGAAACAAACAGUUUGGAACAUUUUUUUUUCAAUUUUUGAAAUGUCUGAAUGUAAACACAUCAAUUUAUUCACAGCAUUUCAAGAAUAAAUUUUCUUCUGCUUUAUAUUUAAAAUUAAUAAAAAUGUCAGUAGUUUGUACUAUACUAGAUCACUGAUUAUCCAUCAUGACAGAAAAAAGACUGAAAUUUCAAAUAAAUUUUGUCAUUAAUU